UCCAACACGAGUGCAUCCCACAGGCCAUCCUGGGCAUGGACAUCCUGUGCCAGGCCAAGUCUGGUAUGGGCAAGACGGCUGUGUUUGUACUGGCCACCCUGCAGCAGAUUGAGCCUGUGGAYKGGCAGGUGAGUGGACGGCCAUAUUAUUUUCCUAUCGUCUCUCCCUCAGACAUGAGGCGUGAUGUUCAGGACAUCUUCAGGCUCACACCCCACGAGAAGCAGUGCAUGAUGUUCAGCGCCACCCUAAGCAAAGAGAUCCGCCCUGUCUGCCGCAAGUUCAUGCAGGAUCCCAUGGAGGUGUUUGUGGACGAUGAGACCAAGCURACGCUGCACGGCCUGCAGCAGUACUACUGCAAGCUGAAGGAUAGCGAGAAGAACCGCAAGCUCUUCGACCUGCUCGACGUGCUCGAGUUCAACCAGGUGGUGAUCUUCGUGAAGUCUGUGCAGCGCUGUGUGGCUCUGUCUCAGCUGCUGGUGGAGCAGAACUUCCCUGCAAUYGCCAUCCACAGGGGCAUGGCUCAGGAGGAGAGGCUUUCCCGGUACCAGCAGUUCAAGGACUUCCAAAGGCGGAUCCUGGUGGCCACCAACCUGUUUGGCCGAGGGAUGGACAUUGAGCGCGUCAACAUCGUCUUCAACUACGACAUGCCCGAGGAUUCCGACACCUACCUGCACAGAGUGGCCCGUGCAGGCAGGUUCGGGACGAAAGGUCUGGCCGUGACCUUUGUGUCCGACGAGACUGACGCUAAGACCCUGAACGAUGUGCAGGACCGCUUUGAGGUCAACGUGGCAGAGCUCCCAGAAGAGAUUGACAUCUCCACCUACAUUGAACAGUCCAGAUGAAAGUCGCCCCCUGACCAGUGAAGACGACAUGUCCGUGCCCCUCUGUCUCGGUCUUUUUUGGAGAGGGAGAAUAAAAUAAUCAUUUUUUAKUUCUUUUUUUAAAUGCCUCUCCCUGAUCUCCCAGUUCAUUAAGCAUCACUUUUUAUUUGAUUUUUAUCCUAUCCUCCCAAGGCUGCAGUUUUAAUGUUAUUUUCCCUGUUAAUGGUGGUUGUUUCUAUUUUUGCUUAAUGAAAUCAUUGACAUUAAAAUGUUUUAUACAAUGUUA